CCGCCAUUGUUGUGAUUGGUGAACGUUCCAGAGAAGACGGCGUUCUUAGAUUGGCGCGCAUGCGCGUUGCGUCCUACUUCACGACGCUCUUCUUUCGAAUUUUGGGAGAACACGCAUACAUAAGAGCAACGCGACACAGGUAAUUGGUAAUAAUCAAAUGUAACGUAAGAAUUAUUUUGUAUACAAAGGGUAUUCGAAUGAACGAUUUGUCAAUAUCAAGAAAGGUGGAACAGUAUUGGCUAUAUUUAGCCAAAAAUGUAUGCAUAGAAUAUAUUUUGUGAGAAGUUUGAUAUCGAAAACUAACAAAAAUGACAGACUAUAUAGGUAAUUGUACUUAUACCGUGCACAAGUGCAUGUUAUGCCUAAGGCUAAGAAAAAGUCUUACCUUAAAAAGGUAAGGGAAAUGCGAGAAUAUAGACGAGAAAAAUUAAGAUCGGAAACGAUAGAGGAACGCACUGUUAGAUUGUACACCGCAGCAGAGAGAAUGAAAAACGCCAGAGCGAAAGAGACAGAGGAGCAGGCAGCGAUAAGAAGAAUGCAGGAAGCUCAGCGUAUGGCUAGGCAUCGUGCUAAAAAGAAGCGUUGUUUGGAUGAAAACUUAGCCAGAGAAAUUUCAAAAAUUGCAGAACUUUCAAAAAUGCCAGAUGCGGCAACGAUAGCUCAAAUGUCAGAAAUGAAUAUGAAUAAAAUUUCUGCAGAAUUAAAGCAAAUGAUGGAAAGGGGAAAAGUACCGGAACAUAUAGUUCAAAUGGCUCAACUCGCCGAGUUCAGCAAAAUGACCGAACUAAACAAAAUGUCUCAGGAUAUGGCUAAAAGAUACGAAAUGGAGAAAAUGGCAGAGUACGCCAAAACAACGGAAUACAUGAAGAUGCAGGAAAUUGCUAAAAUGUCUGAAAUUGCCAAAAUGAACGAAAUGGUGAAACUUUCCGAGAUGGCUAAAUAUAACGAUAUAACAAAAAUUAACGAGAUCGCCAAAAUGAACGAAAUGAUGAAGAUGUCCCAAAUGGCAAAGAUUAACGAAGUUCAAAGAAUGAACGAAAUAGCUAAACUAAACGAGAUGGUGAAGAUGACGGAAAUGGCUAAAUAUAAUAACGACAUAACAAAAUUAAAUGAAAUUGCACAAAUUAAUGAAAUGGCUAAAGAAAUUGCAAAAAUGAACGAAAAAACAAAAAUGAAUGAAAUGAUUAAAAUGGCAAAUAUACAGAACGAUAUCACGAAGAUGCCUGAAUAUUCCAAAAUGGCAGAAAUGGCAAAGCUGACAGAGUUGGCUAAACUAAAUGAAAUAACGAUAACAAAAUUAAACGAUCCCCCGCCACCAAAGGUACCGGAAAUUCCUCGAAUCCCUGAACCUGUGAUCACCGUGCCAAAUCCAAGAAAUUUGCAAAAUGUUCAAACCGUUCAAGUAGCCCAGGCUAGCCCAUCCAGUACGAUAAACUUCCCUACUGUACCCGGUCAGGGUAAAUAUGCUCAACUACUGGUUAUUAUCGAAGAACUUGGAAGAGACAUUCGCCUUUCGUAUGCUGGAAGUCGUAGCGCAGCCGAGCGUCUGAAGAUGGGCAUCCAGCACGCGAGAAUCCUCGUACGAGAAUGCUUACUGGAAACGGAACAUAAUGCACGGCAAUGAUCUGCCAAUACACUUAGCGAAUAGAUUUUUAGCAGAUUAUUUUAGAUAAUGCUAUGUACAUUGUAUGGAGUACAGCAGUAUAUUUUAAAGGGAGUGUCUUAGCAUCCGCAAAAUUGUGCAUAAAUAUCUAAUACUUACUAUUUCAUAUUUUAUACGAUUUUAUCAGUUGUUAAUAAAGAAAAGUGUAAAAGGUUGAGAAAAUAA